AUGUCUUCCGAAUCGGACGCGUCUUCAUCUCGAGCAAGCCCCAGUUCGUCCAGCGAAGAAUGGUCCUCAGAUGAAGAACACGUUGCCCCCGUCUUUAUUCGCAAGAGCAGACAAGCUAACACCAACACAAGCCAAAAGCACCAGGAAAAUGACAGCGACGACAAGCAAAAGUACGAGCUGGAAACUUUGCUGAGGCAAGCACUUUUAUCACGCUUGGAGCUGCAACAUGGAGACCAAGAACGCCAACUAGACCAAGGGGACGAUAUUGACGCUGUGGAUGACACCGAUGAUUUAGACCCAGAGUUGGAGUAUCAACAAUGGAAGAAGAGGGAAGAAGCGCGUUUCUUGCGUGAUCAGCAACUAAUACGAGAACGGGAAUUGGAAAAAGAGGCGAUUUUAAAGCGACAAAGUGCCAGUUGA